GCUGCUGCAGUCCCGGGACAGGAUGUUUUCCAAGCUCACGUCCAUCCUGCAGCACGCCGUGGAGGCGCUUGCACCGUCUCUUCCAUUACAAGAAGAUUUUGUUUAUCACUGGAAGGCUAUUACCCAUUACUACAUAGAAACUUCAGAUGAUAAAGCCCCAGUGACUGAUACGAACAUUCCGUCCCACCUGGAUCAGAUGUUAGACAUACUGGUCCAAGAAGAGAGUGAGCGAGAAUCUGGAGAGACGGGGCCGUGUAUGGAAUACCUGCUCCACCACAAGAUCUUGGAGACGUUGUACACCUUAGGGAAAGCAGACUGUCCUCCGGGGAUGAAGCAGCAGGUUUUACUGUUCUACACAAAGCUUCUAGGAAGAAUCCGGCAGCCGCUGCUUCCACACAUCAACGUACACAGGCCUGUGCAGAAAUUAAUUCGACUCUGUGGCGAGGUCCUUGCAACGCCAACGGAAAAUGAAGAGAUUCAGUUCCUGUGCAUCGUGUGUGCUAAGCUGAAACAGGACCCCUACUUGGUUAACUUUUUUCUGGAGAACAAGUCGAAGUCGCUGGCUUCCAGAGGAAGCCUCCUGAGUGUCACCUCAGAAGAUGCCCCCAAGAGUCAGGACCCUGCGUCAGCGGACAGCAGCCUAAGCCUCCAGCCUCAGGAGCUGUCAGGUGCUCCUGGGGUGGGGCACACAGAAUCGGAGGAUGCGCUCCCUCACCAGAUGGAUGACCUGUCUGCAAGCUUGGACGACCUCAAUGUCACCUCACUGCCGGAGGCCUCUGCCCUUCCUCCAAAGCAGGAUUACAACUUAGUGGAUUCUCUGUUGACCCUGACGAGGAGCCCUGACGGCCGGAUAGCCGUGAAGGCUUGCGAGGGCUUGAUGCUCUUGGUGAGUCUGCCGGAGCCCGCGGCUGCCAAGUGCCUUGCUCAGAGCACCUGCCUGAGUGAGCUGCUGACUGGCAGGCUCACCUCCCUGUACAAGGCCCUACCUCAGUCAGUGGACCCCUUAGACAUUGAGACUGUGGAGGCCGUUAACUGGGGGUUGGACUCAUAUAGCCAUAAAGAAGAUGCAUCGGCUUUCCCAGGGAAACGAGCCUUAAUUUCAUUUCUUUCCUGGUUUGAUUAUUGUGAUCAGCUCAUCAAGGAAGCACAGAAGACUGCUGCUGUUGCUCUGGCCAAAGCCAUCCAUGAAAGGUUCUUCAUCGGUGUCAUGGAACCUCAGCUGAUGCAGACCUCUGAGAUGGGGAUUCUGUCGUCAACGGCUCUUCUGCAUCGCAUUGUCCGGCAAGUGACCUCGGACGUCCUGCUUCAGGAGAUGGUGGUCUUCAUCCUCGGGGAACAGAGGGAGCCAGAGACCCUGUCAGAAAUCAGCAGGCAUCCCCUGAGACAUAGGUUAAUCGAACAUUGUGACCACAUAUCUGAUGAGAUCAGCAUAAUGACCCUGAGAAUGUUUGAGCAUCUUCUACAAAAACCCAACGAGCACAUCCUUUAUAACUUGGUCCUGAGAAACCUUGAAGAAAGAAACUAUACGGAAUACAAACCUUUAUGCCCGGAAGACAAGGAUGCGGUGGAGAAUGGGCUGACUGCAGGAGCUGUAGAUCUGGAGGAAGAUCCAUUAUUUGCUGACAUUUCACCAGAUAACACUCUGCCAAACCAAGGAUGGAUUGGUUCACCCCAUGCCAGCCCAGACCACCCCAAAAAUGAUGGCAAGACGGAAGUCCAUAAAAUCGUCAACAGUUUCCUUUGUUUAGUACCAGAUGAAGCAAAGUCAUCCUACCAUGUUGAGGGCACUGGCUAUGACACCUACCUCAGAGAUGCUCAUAGGCAGUUCCGAGACUACUGUGCCAUCUGCUUACGCUGGGAGUGGCCUGUCGCCCCCAAACCACUGGAGAACUGCGACUUAGAAGCCACCUUCUUUGAAGGACAUUUUUUGAAAGUUUUAUUUGACAGAAUGGGAAGAAUUCUUGAUCAGCCAUACGACGUGAACCUGCAGGUGACCUCAGUGCUGUCCAGGCUGUCUCUCUUCCCGCACCCACACAUCCACGAGUAUCUUCUGGAUCCCUAUGUGAACCUGGCCUCUGGCUGCAGAUCUCUGUUCUCUGUGAUCGUCAGGGUUGUAGGUGACCUCAUGGUUCGGAUUCAGCGCAUUCAAGACUUCACCCCCAAGCUUCUUCUGGUCAGAAAGCGACUGCUUGGCUUGGAGCCCGAAGGCCCGAUUAUCGACCACAUCACAUUGCUAGAGGGGGUGAUUGUCUUAGAGGAGUUCUGCAAGGAGCUGGCGGCCAUCGCGUUUGUGAAAUACCACGCUUCCUCCACACCAUGAGUGAUGUCACCAUGCCUUGGCCACAGUCACCCUGGUCCCUGGGAACCCAGAUUACUGUGUACGUACAUUUCAUCCGAAAAGACCCAGCUAUGCCCAGCCACGAGAGGACAGAAGACCGCAUAGGUGAAUUAGAUCCGCCGAGUGAACGCGCCUGAUGUCACUUCCCCUGGCUCUGUGUAAAUCGCACGUUGUUGAAACCUGGGAUGCAAUCAGGACUUGAGGAGACGGCCUUUCCUCCCCAGUGACUGAAAAGCUGCAGAACUCUGGCGUCCAUGUCAGCCCUUUGUUGGUUUCUGUUAUUUUAACAUCCUUCCAGGCGGCAAAGCAUCUGCCAUCCUCUGGGACUCUAAUGCUCAUACUCUUUUGUAUUAAUAAGCAGCAAAAAAAGAAAAUCACUAAUUUUAUAACUUUUUAAAGUUAAGACUCUUAUCAUACAAAAUAUUUAAGCAUACUGUAAAUGAGAAAAAGAAACCGUAGUUGAGGAGCCACCAAGAGAAUGUCUAGAACAUGAAACACGCAAAGCGACAUCAACUUCCUCAGCUUUUCUAAGAUAACAAUUUACUAUGAUAAAGAAAGUAUUAAUUAAUAUAUAUAUAUAUAUAUUUUUAAAGAAACGUUCCUUUACUCUUUUGUGCACAUGGCCAUGUUCGUGGUUGAUUUUCACGUGUGGCUCCCAGUUCACUUAAACUGUCAUUUUUUGCAUCGCAUUAGAUUGAUGUUCAUCAUUGGCAAUGUUCGCUAAAAUAGUAUUUUUUUUAAGCUAAUUAACACAUACUGAGUUUUGACCUCCCCCAUCCCCUCUCUGAGAAUCGCUUUAUGAAAUUGCUUUAUAAUUGAUUCUUUUACUGAAGUGGUCGUGUCCGGGUGGGGACUGAUAACUCUUAGGCAGCAAUCAGAAUGCCAAGGGCUCUUAAUGUUUACAUUUGUUUCUCAUCUUUUUCCCAGCCUUUUGUCUUAAGAGAUUCUAGAGAGAUUUUUAAAACGUCUUUUCAUGUUCAGUUUACACCUUAAAGGGUUUGAGGAAAGGGAGUGUGUGUGAGUGCAGGAAUGCCUAGGUUGGCCGAGUUGCAGGGCACAGCUGCAGGCCACCCUGUCCCCCUGUCUUGGUAGUCUUCAGGUGAGUGGUGCAGUCCUUGUCCUUGAAGUGUUAAACAGCAGGACCUUUCCUCUUCACUGUUAGGAGGCUCAGCCAUAGAGGGCCUGCCUCACCCUCUGUGACGUCACCAAGUGUGUGUGCAGCCCACACUCGUGGCGAGUGCAUGUCUGUGACGUCACCCAAUGUAUGUGUACAGCCCCAGCUCAUGGCGUGUGCUCAGAGCAUGUCUGACACUUUGCUGGGUCUGUGUUACUAGCCUUUUAUAGUUCAGUUUUGCUACUUAGAAACAAAACACCGAAAGCUAUGAAUAGCUUCAGUUCUAUAAUGACCAUCAUUGUCAAAACAACUAUACCUUUCUAACAUGAUGCAAAUCUUUCUUUGCCCAUUCAAGAAAUCCGUUAAGUAAAUCAGUAACAACAGGAGACAGUGGCCGCCUGCAUGGUUUUCCUUCUGUGGCUUUGAGUGAUGAGAAAUGGUUCGUUUUGUUGUUAUUUAUUGACCAGUUUGUGCAAGAAUCACCACAACACCUCAGGGUUUAAACGUUGCUGCAGUCUACUUUGAUGAAGGUGUAUUUAAAACGAGGCAUUGAGAAGUAUCGGAUAUGCCUCAGUGUGUUGCUUGUGCUCAGUAGGUGUGUGGCAGCCAUGAGGUCACCUCCCAGACUGCGCCCUUGACUUCCCAGCAGGACUAGCGCCUGUCCAUGCAGCUGAGCUCAGUAAAGCUUUAACUGUGAUGUGUGUGUGCUUGCUGCUUCUGAGAAUAGGGCUCCCUGUGUUGCCGUAACCAGCUAGGCCGACCCUGCUGCUCUUCUGAGUUUGAUUUCUUUUUCAUAUUUAAUUCAGACCUAGAGUCGGCGCAGGUCAUGGAACUAAGUUGACUUAGGGGAAGCAUGUGCCGCCGCCUCACUCUGCUCGAGGUCUCAGAGACCGGCCCUUUCUGGUUAUCUACAGACUCUGUGGGUGGAAAGCACCACCUUAGCCAGUGGUUGCCAUGUGAGUUCCAAACUGAUCUCUAGCCUGCUUCGCCUUUGGGAAAAUAGGAAAUAGGUGUGCAGUUUUUUUUUUUUUUUUUUUAACUUCCUUACCGUAGUCUUUGGGUUUAUUUUCAGUAAUGAGUCAUUAUUCACUUGACAAAAAUCAGAUUUGUCGUUGCCAAUUUUUAUUAUAGUGUUCACCUUAUAACUAUGUAAUGUUCUUGUAAUGUAUCUGUGCAAUAUGAAGCUAUGAGUGGAUUCAUAGCUUUUUGGCUUACCUGUAUAUUAAUUGUGUUUGUACAUGAGUGUAUAUAAAUGUAUGUAUAUAUGUAUAUGGACCAUAUUUGGUCUAUAUAUGUAUAUGGACCAAAACCCUUAGCUUGCUUACACUGUUGCUAGUGUAAAGAUUGUUCCAUUUAUUUUUACAGGGCACAAAUUAUAGAAUGACUUUGUACUUCCGUGGUAACGUCUCUAUAAUUUAUUACGUUACAGUUACCAUUUAGUUAUUAAGUUCACCGUGUAACAGAAGUUACAGUGAAAUGCUAAACCCACAGAUGAUAUGGUAAUUGUAGACUCGGGGUUGCAAAAUACGCAUGUCAUCAUGACUGUUGCUAUGUUAAGACAGAUAACCCUACCUGUGGCCCUGUAAAAUAUUGUCACUAAUACUCUGUUGGCCUCCUGCCUUGUUUACAUUAAACAGGAUAUUUGGUACAUUUUUCUAUGAACAUCGUGUAGGUCACUGAUGGUGGCCGCUGAUGGAGAAGCUCUCAGAUGACUGUAUGCCCACCGCCCUCGGGGAGGGGCGGUCAGCUUCAGGGUCUGUGCUAACAGUGCAUGCAGGACUAAGCGGGAAAUCGGCAAAAUAAAUCAAUGU